AUGAUUUACUCUGAGGACGGCGACGGGGUGACGCAAGACGUUUUCAAAGCGAUAUUUGUCAACGACUUCGAUGGCCUCCAGAAGAUCUACGCUAAACACGACCUGAGCACGGAUAUACUGGAUGAACAUGGCAUGACGCCGCUCCAACACGCUGCAUACAAGGGCAACGAGCAAAUCGUCCGUUGGCUGUUGAACAGAGGCGCUGACGUUAAUUCAGGUAAACAUAAGUACCUGUACACUGCUCUGCAUUUUGCUGCCCUCAGCGGCAACCCCGUGGUGUGCAGCCUGCUGUUGGCUGCCGGUGCCAAAAGCGAACUGACCAAUACUGUUGGACGUACUGCUUCACAAAUGGGCGCUUUCGUAGGAAAUCACAACUGUGUGGCGGUAAUCAGCAAUUAUGUACCAGAAGAAGAAGUUACUUGUUACACGUUACCUGACUCGAAUGACAACGAACCAAAGUUACCUGCAGAGUUAGCCCAAUCUGUUCACAAAUUUAUUAUGAUGACCAACAUCCAUCCAGUGAAAGUGGCUCUAGAAAUACCUCCAGUUUUCCUGAUCGAUGAUAAUUCUUCAAAAAUUUACAAAGUGUUGAAUUUGAUGUGCGAGCGUGAAUUUAACAAAAAACUAGAGACUAAUGAAGUAAUGGCUUUUAAGUUUCAUUACUUAGCUAGCAUUCUGAUUGAAGUCGCCAAAUACAAUGAUAUGAAAAGUGAAAAACAGUCAGAUCCAAAGGAAUUAUUUAUUAAGAAAAUAUUGAAAAGUGAAAUUUAUUCAGAACAGUUUCUUAAAGAUUGCAUUAGAAUGUUUUCAUUUAGAGAUUGUACAAUUUUCAGACAGAUGGUUGCUAGUCUGACACGAGGUAAAGAUAGCAUGACAGCCCUCAAUGUUAUACUGGUAAUGAUUGGAAAUCGACGUGGUAUGGGCGUAGAUUCGUUUGGUGAUGAACGCAUAUGUGGUACAUGCGCUGAAAAUAAUGCUACCAAAAAAUGUGCCAAAUGCAAAGCUGUGCAAUAUUGCGACCGUGAAUGUCAACGCAUCCAUUGGUUUGUUCACAAAAAAGAGUGUAACAGAGAGGCCAGUAACAAUGGAGCCUUACAGACAUCUAUAGACAGUUCACAUGUAGCCGAAAGUUUAUCUGGACUAGGGAUAAACUAA